AUGAAACUCGGUUCCAAAGCAAGUGGCAUUAUCUGUGUUGACCUCAUUUUUGACAGGGUUUUGAAAGGACAGCCAACCUUGCUUCUGGAGAAAACCAAAGAGUUAGUCAUUUUUCAGAUUUGUGGUGAUAGCCAGAAAAAUGUGGAAGCUGCAGCAUCUUGGGUGAAAAAUCUGGUUUUAAAGGACCAGAAUGAAAUCAAUUUUUCAGGCAACUGGAUUUCAUACUUUGAAGAAAGUCAAUAUAAGCAACUCGGAGACCUCCAGAGGAAGCUGAAAAUUGAGAUUAAGGUAGAUUUAGAAGCCUCUCCUCCUUCCAUACAUGUUCAUGGCAGAACCAGAGAUGCCUUGACUGCUAGCACUGAAAUCCAGAAAUUAAUCAGAAAAGUCCAAGAUGGUAAAGAAGAGCAGUCCAAAGCAGAUCUUUUCAGCAAUCUAGUAGAGUGGCAGUAUGAAGACAAUGGGCAAUACAAGGCUUUUGGUUCUCUGAUCAAUAUGCAGAUAGAAGUUGCAGCACAGCAUUGGAGGCAAUUUGAAAUAAUGAUACAGAAUAAACGUUACAGAGUGAAUCCAAGCCAGCAGCAUGCACUGGAUGCCCAAGGUUCAAGAAUUUCUCUUUGGCAUGUUGCAAAAAUAGAAGAUAAAGUAGCACUCCCAAAGCAAUGGGAAGAUAUCAAGGGAAGUCAUAUCAAAUUGGUUUUGCUGACACCCACAACACAAGAAUAUGAGGAUGUUGAAAGAAAGUUCCAGCAAGGUUGCCGUAACUACAAAAUAGAAAAGAUUGAAAGGGUGCAGAAUCCUUUGCUCUGGCAAUGCUACCAAGUUUAAAAAAAAAAAGAGCUAGAUAAAAAGAAUGGCCACAAAAACAAUGAAAAGAUUCUAUUCCAUGGAACUCCUGCUUCCACAUUGAUCCCAGUUAACCAUACUGGAUUUAAUUGCAGUUAUGCUGGAAAGCAUGCUACAGCAAUUGAAAAGGGGACCUAUUUUGCCACAAAUUCAAGCUAUUCUUCACAAGACACGUAUUCCACACCAGGCAGAAAUGGUAGAAAAUACAUGUACCUCACUCAGGUUCUCACUGGGAAUUUUUGUGCUGGAAGUCAAGGACUGAUGGUUCCACCAAAAACCAAUGGAGGGUUUGACCUGUAUGAUAGUAUGACUGACAGUGUAUCUAAUCCAUCCAUGUUUGUCAUAUUUUCUGAUGCUCAAGCCUAUACAGAAUAUCUUAUUACUUUCAGGAAAUAA